CUAUCCUCCGCCAGUCACGGGACCACGCUCGCCUCGCUCAACCACGACCCUCCAGCGUUCUCGAUACAGGUCCCUGCAUUCGGCCCACGCCCAGCGCCCGCCAACUUUUUGUGCCUUGACGCCAAUCGCCGCUGCGUCACCUCCAACCCCGUCGUCCCUGGCCCGCUGUCAACCACCACCCGCCUGCACUGCUCCAGAAAAAAAGGCCCUUCUUGUAACGGUUGCACCACAAACCGUUCUCCGAGUAGAGAGGCCUGUGCCUGCCCCUCCCGACCGUGUCUGUGUGCCUGUCUGUGUGCGCGCGCGCGUGCUGCCAAAUCACUUUGCCUCACUUGGCCCCCCCUUGCCUACGUCAUAACGGCAAUCCCCACCCUACCCACACCUACCCCUUCAACCACACACUGCCGCUCAACACGCCCAUUUCGACUACUACCUGCUGCUUGGCCCUAA